GCCAUCUAUCCCACAAAUAGUAAAUUAAUUCUCUCGUUCAUUCAAUAUCUAACAAGGUUCUAAAGAUCUCUCAUUAAAAAUUAUGGCUACUUGGGAUGGUUCUUACUCAGGACCAGAUGAUCAAAAUUGUUACGUUUAUUCCGAUCAAAAUGUUUCUGGAACUGUAACAAGAAACUGGACAUUAUUUCCUAAUAAUAUAAAUAAUGAUUAUUUACAACCUAAUCACGAAUUUUAUGUACAAAAUGAACCUAUAUUUGAACAAAAUAAUCCAAAUACUUUCUAUCAAUCAAAUACAAAUGUCAUGCCAAAUUUAUUGACCACAAGCACUUAUCAUGGUCAUGUAACAAAUUCUGUAGGUAAUACAGAAGUAUUAAAUAAUCAAGAAUAUUUUCCAAAUGUCGAUUCUCAACAAUGUUAUAUAUAUGAAAACAAUUGGAAUUCUGAUUAUAAUUUAUUAAAGAAUAAGAUAAAACAUGAUUCUAUAAAAAGAAUUAAAAAGACUUCAAGUAACAUAACAAAUCAUUCAAAAUUACAUGUUAUGGCACAAGAAUUUGUACCAAAUAAUAAAGAAGAUGAUGAUAAAAAGAAAAAUAAUGAAUUAUUAAAUACAAAAUCUAUUAAUGAUUCAGAUGUUUGUGUUAAAGAAAAUAACAAAAAAUCAAAUAAAUAUUUCUUUUGUAAUGCAAAUAGAUAUGAAAAAAAAUAUAAUAACAAAAGAAGUUCUAAUUAUAAACCUAAAGAAGGACAACAAGAUCAAUAUUAUAGAAGAAAUACAAAUACAAAUUCUUAUCCACAACAAAUGAAGACACCUUAUAAAUUUCUAGGUAAUAAAUACUUUACCAACAAAUAUUAUUCGGGAAAAUCUCAAGUAAAUUCAAAAUAUGUAAAUGAAGAUGCAUCAGAUAAACGUACAAUGAAUAACAAUGAUGCUUGUAAUAGUAAAAAAGAUUCUAUUACAAAUUUAAAUAAAAAAGAAAGAGAAUCAUCUUUAAAUAUGAAUAUGAAUAUAAAUAAAAAUAAAAAUUUAUCAAAUGAGGAUAAUGAUGAAAGAUCUAUUAUUGCUGAUAAUAUACAGUCUAAUGAUAUAUCACAAUCUAAUAAUCUAAUUAAGGAAUUAACUUACUAUAAUUCUGGCCUAAAACAAACUUAUAAUAAUCAUAAAAGUAUAAGAAAAUAUAAUGAUAGAUAUAAUAGAGAGGAAAAUUAUAAAGAAAAGCAAUUUCAAUAUCAAGGAUAUAGUAGAGAAAAUUAUUACAAAGAAGAUAAAUUUAAAGUAAAAGGCCAAAUAUAUAACAAUGGAGAAUAUAAUGAAUAUAAAGAAAAUUUUAGUGAGGAAACUGGAUGAACAAAGGAAGUAAAAGAAAAAAGACAUAAUUAUCAAGGAUAUAGCGGGUUUAAAGAAUAUAAUAAGGAAAGUAAAAUGGAAAUUUUUAAAGAAAAAGAUAAAAAUAAACAUUAUGUAUUUGGAAAUAAAGAAAAAGGAAAUGAAUAUUGGCGAAAUAAAAAAGAAAUUAGCGAAAGAAAUAAUAUCCAAAAACGAGGACAAAAUAAAAGAUCACCAAUUGAUGAUGAUGCAAGUCAAAGAGAAAGAUUAACAGAGCAGCUGAAUAGGGGGCAAUUGGAAUGUUUAGUAUGUUGUGAAUAUAUUAAACAAAACGAUUAUAUUUGGUCAUGUUCUAAUUGCUAUCAUGUUCUACACUUAAAAUGUAUUAAAAAAUGGGCAAAAUCAUCACAAGCUGAAAAUGGAUGGAGAUGUCCAGCAUGUCAAAAUGUUAAUUUAAUAAUUCCUGAAGAUUAUUUUUGUUUUUGUGGUAAAACAAAAGCACCUGAAUGGAAUCGUAGAGAUGUUGCACAUUCUUGUGGUGAAAUUUGUGGUAGAAUGUUAUCAAAAAAUAAUUGUCCUCAUAAAUGCACUCUUUUAUGUCACCCAGGAUCUUGUCCACAAUGCACUGCAAUGGUAGCAAAAUAUUGUGGCUGUGGUAAAACUUUGCAAACAGUGCAAUGUAGUGUUCAUAAAUUAUUAUUGUGUGAUUCCAUAUGUGAUAAGAAUUUAAAUUGUGGCAGACAUAAAUGUCAAAAAAAAUGUCAUCAUGGAGAAUGUGCAAAUUGUGAAGAAACAAUAACACAAAAAUGUUUUUGUGGUAAAAAUACAAGAGAAAUAACUUGCCAAAGUAAUAUUUCACUUACAUAUUCUUGUGAAACAGUUUGUGGUAAAUUAUUAGAAUGCGGCAAUCAUACUUGUACAAAGUUAUGUCAUGCAGAUGCUUGCGAAUCUUGUUCUUUAAUUCCUGAGAAAAUUACAACUUGCUGUUGUGGACAAACACCAUUAACAGAUAAAAGACAAAAUUGUUUAGAUCCAAUUCCUAUAUGUGAAAAAAUAUGUUCGAAAAAUUUAAAAUGUGGACAACCUAAUAAUCCUCAUAAGUGUAAAGCAAGAUGUCAUGAAGGAGAUUGUCCUGUUUGUGAUUUAUCUACAGAUGUUAAAUGUCGUUGCGGAAAUAUGGAUAGAGAAAUAGCUUGUAAAGAUUUAAUAUCAAAAGCUGAUGAUGCAAGAUGUGAAAAAAAAUGUAUAAAGAAAAGAUCUUGUGGCAAACACAAAUGUAAUCAACUAUGUUGUAUAGAAAUAGAACAUAUUUGUCCAUUAAUUUGUUCUAAAACUUUAAGUUGUGGUAGACAUAAAUGUGAACAAAGAUGUCAUAAAGGGAGAUGUCAACCUUGCUGGCGUAGUAGUUUUGAUGAACUAUAUUGUGAAUGUGGAUCUUCAGUGAUAUAUCCUCCUGUUCCAUGUGGAACAAGAAGACCUGUAUGUGAUAAACCUUGUUCUCGCCAGCAUUCUUGUGGGCAUGAAGUAUUGCAUAAUUGUCAUAGUGAAAUAACUUGCCCACCUUGUACUGUUCUCACUCAAAGAUGGUGUCAUGGUAAACACGAAUUACGAAAAGCUGUGCCAUGUCAUGUUAAUGAAAUUUCAUGUGGUUUAUCAUGUAAUAAACCUAUAUCUUGUGGUCGACAUAAAUGUAUUACUAUUUGUCAUCCUGGACCAUGUGAAAAACCAGGACAACAGUGUUCUCAGCCUUGCACUACUUUAAGAGAAAUGUGUGGACAUAUUUGUGCUGCUCCAUGUCAUGAGGGUAAAUGUCCAGAUACACCUUGUAAGGAAAUGGUUAAGGUGACAUGUCAAUGUGGACAUAGAACUAUGUUUCGUGUUUGUGCUGAAAAUUCUAAAGAAUAUCAAAGAAUAGCAAGUAGUAUAUUAGCUAGUAAAAUGGCUGAUAUGCAACUAGGUCAUUCUAUUAAUUUGGAAGAAGUGUUUGGUCAAGGAGUAAAAAAACAAAAUCAGUUAAAAACUUUAGAAUGUAAUGAUGAAUGUAAAAUAAUAGAACGGAAUAGAAGAUUGGCAUUAGGUUUACAAAUUAUAAAUCCAGAUUUAAGUGGAAAAUUAAUGCCUAGAUAUAGUGAUUUUAUGAAACAAUGGGCUAAGAAGGAUCCGCAUUUUUGUCAAAUGGUUCAUGAAAAAUUAACAGAGUUGGUUCAGUUAGCAAAGAUUUCUAAACAAAAAUCACGCAGUUAUUCUUUUGACAGCAUGAAUAAAGAUAAGCGUCAUUUCAUUCACGAGUCUUGUGAACAUUUUGGCUGUGAAAGUCAGGCAUAUGAUCAGGAGCCAAAAAGAAAUGUUGUUGCAACUGCUGUAAAAGAUAAAUGUUGGUUACCUAGCUAUAGUUUAUUAGAAAUUGUACAACGAGAAAAUGGUCAAAGAAAAGUUCCAGGUCCAAUGUUAAAUACUACAAAAACUGAUGGAUCUGUGAAGACAAUAUUAUCACUGCCUGCGAAAAAAACUCAAAAACCAGACACGCCAUCAAGCAUAAAAACAUCAGAGCCAGAAAUAGAUUAUUUUGAUUAUCAAGGUUAAGAUUACUAUCUCUGUAUUAUGUAAAGUGUAAGUAAUAUAAGUGAUGCAAUUAAUGUCAUAUUAGAUAAAAAUGUGUUGUUAAAUAUAUAAUUGAUUAAUUAAACAUUUUAAUAACAUUUAUUCUUUAUAAAAAUAUAUAACAUUAUUAUAAUAUUACUGUUUAAAUUAAUGCUGUUCAAUUUAUGAGAAAUGCGAAUUUGUAAGACUUUAUUUUCUUCUAUGUAUCAUAUCAAAAGAUAGAUGAAGUUCAGAAACAAAUCAUCAAAUUAAAUAUAAUUAAAUG